AUGAAAGACUUAUUCUUCUCAGACAUCAACAGUGCUCUGAUUCUCAGACACUACGACAACAAACUGCUACUGCUCAGCGGGAACAAAAUCAAAUUUUAUACCUAUGAGGAAAUAAAAAAGGUGGUUCGCGCACAAAAUAUUGCUAUAUACUGCGUCGAUUAUAUAAAUAAAAAUGAAAAAAUUGUGUAUAUUUCGAAUAACGUAAAGUUAAAGUGCCCUCUCAGAAUUAGUGAAGCCCGUUUUGGAGGACAGGACAUCGGCUCGUUCAACAAUGAUAAUGGCAUAGAUACAGAAGGGAAAAGGGACCACACCGACCAGGUUGACAGCCCACCUGCAGAAAUUGCAACCUCUCAGAACUCACAUGAGAAUGACCCCAACAAUGGCGAGUUGUCUAAUGGUGCAGCCCAUAGUGAUACCUUCCCCAAUGGGGACGCAACAACUACCGGAGAAUCGCACAGCGAAAACACUACCUUAGCCGAUAACUACGGCAAGAAGAGGAACGCCUCCGAGGCAGCAACAAACCACGUUUGCAUCGCCUUUGAACACGGAAAUGUGUGUAUUUUCUCAGAAGACCAAGAUAAAAAGGAGUUCAUUUACCAAAAAUUAAUAUAUAGGAAAGUGUGCGACAUUGUUAAAAUCGAAAUGUUUCAAAUUAAUAACAAUCUGAACUGCUUAAUUCUUUACAAGGAUUAUACCUUAAUUUUGUACAAAGACAGGUACCUCAGUUCUGUUAAGCUACCCACACAUGAGUAUGCGUAUAAUUUCUGCUUGAGCACAAACUAUCAAAAUAUGGCCGUUUUCAACCACAUCAAUAUGUACAUAUAUGAUAUUUCGAAGCAGGAUUUUGGUGUGGACAGCAAGGGGGAUGUGGAGGCAGAGGGGGGGGGGACACACGAGACGAGUGAAAUGAAGGAGAAUGAAGGGAGUGGCAAGAAUGGGGGCAGCGGCGAAGGAGACAGCGCAACCAACCACUGUGUCGAGGUGAAGAACAUCUUUGAGCUUUCGAAAAAUUACAAAAAUAUUCUGAACUGCGACUGGCAUCCAAAAAACCACUGUAUUUCCCUGUGUGGGAAAAAGGACGUCCGGUACCUAACCAUAUACAAUUACAAGGUGUAUGAAUUUUCUGGAGCAGAAAUUCAUGAGUCCUUUAUCAACGCCACCAAGUUCAUAACCAUUUCGGAGGACGUAAUUUUACUAACUACAUUAAGUUGCGCCGAUUACCUUUUUUGCGUGUGGGAAUUCGAACAGGAGUAUUGCCUCUACAAAUUUAAGAGCAAUUAUUUGAUUUCCCAGUUUGAUCUGUCCUACUUCAAUGACCAUCUUCAUAUGUCCAUGCUAGCGCAGGAGAGCCACUUAGCCAAUGUAAAGCUACUGGGAAAAAAAAUCUUGCAAAAAAUCGAGUGGAAUGGUUCAGAAAAGGAGACAAGUACCGCUGAAGAAGAAUACCAAAAUGACGGGUCCAACUAUGAACACACCACUGCUGGAAGAACAAUUCAUGAAAAGAAAAACAUAAACAACCUGGCUGAUAUUUUGAAAGAUAACAAUAAUUACCACAUAGAGAAGAAGAAAAAACACAGUGUGAAGAGCACGUCCACGCUUCUAAAACAACGUAAUAAAAUGAGCAGCCAGUUACGCACAGGGAGUAACGAUAAGCGAAGGAAUAGCGAUUCAUACUCGGGCGAACAGUACCUUCAUUCGAAUAAUGUAAAAAAGAGGAAAAAGAAAAUAUACACGGAUGACGAUGAAGAAAGCAAAGACACAUUUAUCAACAGGACACAUAAGAAAGUUGCACGGGAUCGACAUGGAGAUGUGAUAAACAAGAGGGAAGACACACAGGAUGAGGACUACGGAAAUAGGAAGGCAGAUAAUGACAGCGACUACGAAUACAAUAGUGACAAAAAUGAAAAACACAUUUCCCAUAACAAAAAGAAACACAACAACCUAGAUGAAGAAGACAAUGAAUACAAUCCAAAGGAAUACAAUUUACAAGAUUUUAUAAACAAAAAUAGAGAUGUUAUAAGGAAUAGAAGUAAAGGCGGGCGGAAUGAAGAUCAACUUUUUGAAGACAGCAAUUAUUUGUUCGAUAAUGAAGAUGACCAGAAAAGCGUAACCGGAUUUAAUACCUAUGUUAAGGAUAAAUUUGACCAACUGAGAGAAUUAAAAAAGCAAGUAGAUUUGCUCCAAAAGCAAAUUAGUGGUUAUACAAAAAUUAAUCAUGACGAUUUUAUUGUUCUCUGUCCAGGGUUAUGUGAAGAACCAGAAAAUAUAAAUGAUCAGUGGUGCAUGUUCUGGAAUGAUAUAGGACAUAUAACAAAGAAAAAGGAGGGAAAUAAGACCUACAUCUAUGUAUACCUCUUCAGAGGGGAAGAUGUUGGAAAGAAAAAAAUCACAGAUAUUUACAACGUAACGGCUGCAUCGCUAAGUGCUUACGGAUUUGCUUUAGCAUCCAACCCAUACGAAAAAUCUUUCUCAAAAAGUCACAGUAUAUUAUGUUUCCACAAUUUGAGGGAUAAUGUCAUUUGGAACAAAUAUCUACCAAAUGAUGAGUUCAUAAAAGGAGUAGCCAACGGAAAUAAUUUCGUCGCAAUUGUCACAUCUAGUAAUUUUCUCAGAAUAUAUUCUACAUAUGGAUAUAUUAUAAACACCUUUCUGUUGAAGGGUUUACCUGUAGCUAUCUGUGCAUAUGACUACCUCCUUUUUGUCAUUACUUGUCAAUAUAUUUUUGAAGGCGUCUCCACAUAUAAUAUAAACAACACAUAUAAUUGUACGCUCUACAAAAUCAAUGAAAAUUUUACAAACUUGAAAUCGAACAAGUACAACACAUAUCACAUAACAAUACUCUAUGAUGAUGUUUUGUCUCUCCCUUCAUGUCAUUAUUUGAAUUGGGUCAAUAUGUCCAACUUUGGCAUUCCAUACGUUAGGGAUACAUCUAAUUUUAUAUAUGGUUUAUACCCUCUUUUUAAGAACACCACCAAUCAUAUUGUGUAUGAAUGGGUCCCAGUUUUCGACUUUAACAAUUUAAACAAUGUAGAACCUACGGAAAGAAGGGCUUCUGGACAAAACGCAAAACUUCUGCAUGGAAAUACGAAAGGUAGUAACGAACGCGCUGAUACAGACGCACAAGAGGAUGCAGGUGAAAAAGGAGAUAAUGAACAAAAUGUGAAUGAUGAUAAUCCCGAUGAUGAUAUCCUUACAUGCAGUGAAUGCACAUAUUACCCUCUCUAUUUUGACAAUUUUGAACAAAUAUCUGUUAUCAAAUUAAAUAAAAAUGAAAUCGAACCUAGAUCGAACAAGAUAGAAAGUUGUCUAGGUUACAACGUAGAAAAAAAAUACAUCCUUUCAAACGAAUGCAAUUUGAUUAAGUAUGAAAGAUUUGUUAAGUUGAUACAAACCAACCCUAACCUCUCCUUAGACAACGAUUCUAACAAUAGCGAGUUUACUUCCCUACCUUGGGAGCAGUACGAUGAGUUGCGCUCUAGAGUAGACCUAUUCUGCAAACAGCUAUUUGCCAACAUACACUACGAUUAUAUGAAUGAUGGCAAAAAUAAAAGUGCCAGUGACACUCUAAAAUCACUAAACAAAUUAUACGAUAAAUGGAUUAUGCGAAUGUUUGCUAUACUCAAAAAUGAUAAAAAGAAUCAAAAACUAGCUGUGAAAACAUCGAGGUUAUUCAAAAAUAUUAAAAAUAUGAUGCUUUCCAUAAGUCUUGUGGAUGACGAAUACAGCACAUUGCACAGCGAAAUUACAAACGAAUAUUUAAAAAGACAAAUAAAAGAUGAAAGCUACAAAAAUUUUGAAGAAAAUUUACAUUAUGAUGAUGAUUAUAAAGACGACGAACAGAAACGGAAAGAAAUAUACGAAAAGUGUUACAGUAAUAAUCAACACAUGUCUGAGGAUGAAAAAAAAAAUAUCCCUGACGUUAAGCAAACCAACCAACAAUACAUCAACGUCGCUAAGACGCAGGGCGAACAUAAAGAUAAAAAGGAAAGUGGAUUCCUCGAUAAAUUCUUUACCGGUGUGACGAAAAAUCAAAGUGUGGACAACCUCUUCUCUCAGGAGAAAAAAACCACGCAAAUUAAGAAAAACAACACCUUGGAGAGUUUCUUCUCCGAGCUGAAGGAGAACUGA